UCUGCUCCUGCCGUCCCCGCUGCAGUGCAAAGGGCAGUGCAAAGGGCUCGAAGAUGGCUGGCUGGCAGAGCUAUGUGGAUAACCUGAUGGGCGAUGGCUGCUUCCAGGAGGCCGCCAUUGUCGGCUACUGCGACGCCAAAUACGUCUGGACAGCCACGGCUGGGGGCGUCUUCCAGAGUAUCACACCAGCAGAAAUAGAUAUGACUGUAGGAAAAGGCCGGGAAGGUUUCUUUACCAACAGCUUGACUCUUGGUGCAAAGAAAUGUUCAGUGAUCAGAGAUAGCCUAUACGUUGAUGGUGACUGCACAAUGAAUAUCCGGACAAAGAGUCAAGGUGGGGAGCCAACAUUCAAUGAUGCUGUUAGCAGAGCUGGUAGAGCACUGGUUAUAGUCAUGGGAAAGGAAGGUGUCCAUGGAGCCUCACUUAACAAGAAAGUGUAUGAACUCUCUUUAUACCUUAGGAGGUCUGAUGUGUAAGCAGCCUCUCCCUUCUAUCUACCAAAUGUCUUCAUCACCACCCCAAUUACAAUGACAGCACUACCAGACUGUAUGUAGAUG